AUGCUAUCUCAAACACUUUCUAACAUUAUCAUUGGUCUUUACCUUCUGGCAAAUCAAGUCAAUGCCACACCUACUCACUUCGGGUACCUCCUCUACCAAGGCUUUGAAGUCCUCGAUGUGUUCGGUCCUCUUGAAGCACUGAAUGGUCUUGCCGGCCUCUACGAUCUGAACCUAACCAUCGUCGCCGAGACAAUGGAUCCCAUCUCCAGCCUACCACCGACUUCUUGGUUCAACGGCAACAAGAUGAAUUCGACCUUCUCCGAGCAUGUCCUCCCAACUCACACUUUCGAGACAGCUCCUCCACUCGAUGUACUCAUCAUCCCCGGCGGCAACGGCCUCUUCGCCCCAGCCCCCUUACUAGACUCCACCAUCCAAUUCAUCAAAGCCCGCUACCCCACCCUCCAAUACCUAAUCACCGUCUGCAACGGCGCCGGGAUCGCCGCUCGCGCAGGCGUCCUCGACGGCAAGCAUGCUACGACCAACAAAGCGGUCUGGGACCAGACCAUUGCACUGGGACCCAAGGUCAAAUGGGUCGCUCAGGCGCGAUGGGUCACGGAUGGGAAUGUGUGGACUUCGUCUGGUGUGUCGGCUGGAAUCGAUGUUAUGCUUGCGUGGAUCUCGGCUGUGUAUUCGGAGGCCAAUGCUACGGGGAUUGCGAAUGGGAUGGAGUACGAGAGACAUAUGAACUCGACCGAUGACCCUUUUGCGACUCUGCACGGUCUUACAGAUGCGAACAACUCGACGAACCCGAGUCGACGCUAG